GGAACAUCAGCCAGCCUCUGAAUCAACCGGUACCUUCCGGUAGUCUUGCUUUCUCCGGCUGGCUGUGUUUCGAUAAAACUGGGCGGGAUUGCAGAGCAAACCUCUCUUCCACAGUCGCCAUAGCUGCGGCUAGGGUUGGGGUGAGAGAAUCCUUUUGAGUCGGUGCGCGCACGUUGUUUCUCUUCUUCCGCCAUAUCCUAGCGACAAUGACAGUCAAGCGCCGAAACCGCGGCAGGUCUAAGCAUGGCCGCGGGCAUACCAAUUUCAUCCGCUGCUCUAACUGCGGGCGCGCGUGCCCCAAGGACAAGGCCAUCAAGAGAUUUUUGGUCCGUAAUAUCGUCGAGCUCGCCGCUAUUCGUGAUGUUCAGGAGGCUUGUAUCUACGACAACUACGUGUUGCCCAAGCUGUACGCGAAGAUGCAGUACUGCGUGUCGUGUGCGGUCCACUCUCACGUCGUGAGAGUGAGGUCUAGGGAGAACAGGAGAAACCGUGACCCACCUCCGAGGUUCAGGAGAGGAGAAGUGUCGGGACCGGGUGGGCGUCCUCGUCCCGGCGGAGCUCUCGGUGGGCAAGGCGGGGGCGGUGGGGGCGGUGGUGGUGGCGGCGGCGGCGGCGGCGGCGCAGGCGCCGGCGGUGCGUAGACGCUGACCUAUUCGCUUCAAAACGAGCUAUUCCCUGGGCGAGGGAACAGUCGCACCGUGUCUGAACUGUGGUUUUAACGGAGGAACGUAACAGGAACCCCGUGUAUUUCUGGACAAGCAGACGUUUCCCGUGAGCGGAAUACGGUAUUUCGCCGUUCUUAAUUCCCCUGGCUAGUUAACACAAGCCACUGUCGGAAUGGGUUUAUCUCUGCAGCAGCUCGCGUGUCUAGGAGGGGGGGAAGAAGACUCUGGAAUCCGUGCGGUGUUCUUCUAUCGCGGGAGUUAUGCUGUUGGAAACGGGGACGUUCAUAUUCGCCGGCGGCCGGUAGGGUGAAUGAAUGGUUGGUGAGCAUGCGUGGGGUAUGGGUUGAAGGAACGGGGAGGAUGGUGGGGAUGGAGUGGUUCUUGGUGCCAAGAGUGAAGCGGAUGGCGUAGCUAGGUUUUGCAGAUUCUCAUCCUGGGUGUUGACUCUCGGCGGGCGGUUUUAGGGCCACAUCAAAAGAGACCGGCAUUUAGGGUUUGUAACUCGUUUGAGGGUUGGUGAAUUACGCAAGCAGAGCGGGACUUCUUUGUGACGGUCUUGUUAAUCAUGCAAGAGGAGCAGGACAAAAGAAUUUCAUGGCGUAGCGUGCGCAGAGUGAUAAUCUUUAUCAUCAUGUUUUGCCAAGUUUUGAGAGUGCCCUGGCAUGUUUCGUUUCGUUAAAAGUUUUCUGUUCCAGGUUUACAAAGUCGAUCCCUUGGGAAUUAUCCCGAACUUGACUCUGGUGUUCCUUCCCUAAACUCUGGUGUUUUUUUUCCCCCUGACCCUGACUCUGGUGGGUUUCUCUUCUCUGACUCCGGUUGUUUUUUUUACCCUGACUCUGACGGGUUUCUUUUCCCUGAUUUUUGUGCCGUCAUUUCCCGGACUCUUGUGGUGCUUUUUCACCUGAGUGUGGUGGCCGUCUUUCCCCGAACCCUUAUCUUCUUUCCCCUCGCUCUGUUGUUCUUUCCUCUUGGUGUUUUUUCCCAUGAUUCUGCUGUUGUGUUCCUUGACUAUGUUUUUUUUACUUCCUGACUCUGCUGUUGUGCGGUAUGACUUUGUUCUUUCCCUCGACUCUGGGGCUCUUUUGUUGGACCAUGGUGCUCUUUCUCCGGACUCUGUUAUUUUUUCUCCUAUCUGUGAUGUAGUCUUUUCUCAUGACUAUGUGGUCUUUUCCCGCUGUUGAAAUCGAAAUGCAACCAGAUAAGUACCUGGAGCCUCUGCCUUAUUAUGUUCUCUCGUGGCCGUCGUCCUUUCUGUUAAUACGUUGAGCCUGUCGAUUUUAUGUCAUCUGCGAGUGUCCUCCGUCGUUCUGUACUUCGAUCCUGAUGUUUGGUGUGAAUUGGGUUUUUCACAUUCAACUGUUGUUUCUGAAUAUUCUGUUCGGUAUCAUUUGCAAGACGUAAAUGUGGGAAUGACCUUCCUGAUUACUCUGUUGGGGUCAGGAUUAAACGUUUUAGGUUUUGAAUGUGCAAUGUCUUUCGGGGGGAAUUUUCUUUUUCUUACGACUGCUUGCAUGCUUUCUGUCACGACAUUAGCUUGAAUGGAAGCAUCGGAGGUAAUGUGAGAUUUUGUUAUAAUGGGAGGAGUUUAGCGGCGAAUGGUACUGUAGCCAAAAUGAGUCCCGUGAGGCCCUAAUUGAAUCGAUUAUGAGGACGUCGGAGUUUUUAAUCGAGGACGUCGGAGUUUUUAAGAGAAUUUCAGAAAGGGAAAAUUAGGGCGCAGACACUCUUUCGGUUUGAAAAUGCCGAGGAAAAUCGUGAAUGGAUACAAGGCAUGUUCAGGAAUGGAUCCCCUCACGCGAGCUUUAGUGUAGCACGUGUGUAGCACGUGGAUCUUUUCCUUUUCCUCUUUCAUCACAUCUCAUGUUGCAAGCUCAUCGUUUUGGUUAAGUGGCAUUUUCCUUCUUUACAUCGUUGAGAGGGCUUUGCGGUUUUGUUACGUAGCGUCAAGCAUCGGACUGACUAACGGAGAGGCAUCGGACUGACUAACUGAGAGGCAUCGGACUUGCUAACGCAGAGGCGUCGUUCUCUCUAAUGGAAAGCCAUUGAACUCGUUACUGGCUGCCUCCGAACACAAUGCGCUCGCGUAAUGAAUGUAUACAAUCCGACUUACGGGUACGAUACGGACAUGAUGAGGGAGUGUUGUAUUUCGCGGAAGAUCGUAGUAACGGAGAGGCGUCGGACUUUAGGAGAGGCAGUGUUCUUACCAGUCUCUCUACGAGCACAAUGUACCCAUUUAAUGAAUGUAAACAAGCUGACUCUCCGGUCCGAUACGGGCAUGAUGAGGUUGUGUAAUUUUCAGUGGGAGACAGGUAGUCACGGUGAGGCAUCGUCCUCACUAUACUGUCUCUUCUCGAACAGAAUCCACUCUUGUAAUAACGAGUGCUCUUCCGUCUUAUACGGUAACGAGGCUGUUGUGUUCGGUGGAAUGUUUGUACUAUUAUGCUGGACAGGCGCAGGACAGGUGUCGGAAUCUUAUUCUGCCGUACUGAUUUACCUCUUUGGGGUGCAACUUUGGCGUUCUUGUCCACGACUUCGGGGGCUUUUUUUGAACCGAAGCCGUCCUGCCUUAUUGGGUUCCGUCUAGUAGGACCUGACGAUUUCCGUUCGAAAAGCACCGGUAGGACCGCACGAGGCUGUUGGAGAGGAGUAUCGAACGUCGAAGUUAUUAUUCCGAAAGGAAAAUCGUGCUGUCGAGUUUUGCACGUGUGCU